AUGGAUGACGUGUUCAACAUUUUUAUAAAAAAAAACAAAACGAAGAAAAGGGCGUCCACCGGCGCAGGCAAGGAAGAAGGCCAAAAUGAAGGAAAGAAAAAACUUUUCAACUAUAACAGGAAAAACCCCCGAAGAGCACACAACGAGGAAGACACGUACAAUAACUACCAAGUGAAUAAAAACUCGCGCAGUAAAGACAAUAAUGCAAAUAAAAAUAUAGAAAAUAUAGUCCUUGUUGACUUCCCCCCGUUGCCAUUAAAAAAGGUGGAAGCUUGUGUGUCCUUCUACUACCUCCAGUAUCUGCGAAAUCAGUUGAUAUAUGGGAACAAAAAUAUCAAAAUGGAUGAAAAUGCCAAAAUGGUUGGCGAGUCGUUACUAGACAGGAUAGAAAAUACCAUCUACAAAUACGAAAAUGACAGUACAGAGGAGGAUAAUUACAAAAAGGAGAUCCAAAUUGUUACUUUCAAAUCUAUAUAUGAUAGGUUUUAUAAAAUUUUAACGACGUUAACUUCCUACGCGGAAGGUAUCCCCAUGCCAAAUAAUCUCUACGAGUAUGUAUUAAACAAUGGGGUGUAUGUGAGGUCAAAAAAAAAUACAGACUAUAAUAGUAGGGAGAAUAUUCACAAUGUGUAUUCCUACCUGGACAACGUAGACGUAGGGGAAAACGAUUUGUCCUUCAACGAUGAAAAGAUUUAUAUUGAUAGCAUUGACAUUAGUAGGCCCACCAUACUGAACAGGACACUCAUAAAUGAGGACAUUGAUAUUGAGUACCUGCCGCUGAAACUCAACUCUGCUUAUCACUACAAUAACAUACAGUAUGCGAAGCUGUUUUUGAAUGACGCCGUCAACAUGUCUCUGUACGACCGGGCGCUGGGCGAGCUCGUCGUGGUCAAGGCCCUCGUGGACAUCCCCCCCCUCCCCACGGCCUUCGUGGAGGGAUUCGACAUCCGAGAAAUGAAGGCCGGCGAGAGGCAGUGGAUGCCCAUUUACCUGGCCAUCACCCUCUCGUCCUUCACCUACGUCGACGUGGAGUUCCCCUUCUGGUUCUACAUAAAGAACUUCAUAAACAUAAAGGAGGAGGAGUACAAAAAGCAGAGUGAGCUCUUUGAGCUCCCCUCCCCCUACUUCUUCGAGAUUUGCUUCAUGUUCAUCGACCAGAAGGUGUUUUCGAAGGUCACCCCGAUAGAAACGGUGGGGCAGAAGAGCUACUUCAAGUACAUGUCCAAGGUGGCCGGCUACGUCGAAGACAUCAAGCACUGCCGGACGGAGAAAAUCAUCAGGCACCUGGAGGAGCAAAAUGUGCAUUCCUCCCACAUCUACAUCCCGAAUCUGCAGCACUCCGAGACGCACCUGAUCAACUUAACCUUAUACAGCUUCUGGAAAUACGACAAGGGGUUAAACGAAAAGGCUAACUCGAUAGACUUCACCUCCUAUCUGUUGGAGCCUUUCAUAAAAGACGAAGAGGACGAAAAGGACGCCAACCUCCUGCAGGACCUUUAG